AUGUUUGUUUUGGUUUUCACUGCCGAGAGGGAGUAAUUUUUGUGAUUUGUAAAAAUAUUGUAAUAAAGAUUAUACCUUUGCAGUCAUAUAAUUUCAAAUGUCUUGAUGAUUUUAAAAUAUUUCGAAUUUUAAGUAAAUAGAUCAUAUUACUUAUCAAUAUGGCCUCUUUGUUUGAUCAGUAUGAACAGGCUGCUUCUUUGUCUUCUGGAUAUAUGACAGGCAAACCUGUGAUACCAGAAAUGACAACAGCUGGUUUUAUUAAUGCAAAUUUGGAAGAUGAUACCCCCAUGUUUAGUAAGAAGAGGAUCAAUUUCAGCCCAAGCGAUUAUGUAACUCAUAUGGCUGUGAGUAACAACAAGCUUGUUCUUGGCAUGCGUAACAAAAUAAGAAGGAUGGAUCUGACUCAACCUGACAAUUUUGAUGACAUUGACUUGCAAAAAAGUACAGGUGAAAAAGCCAAAAUAUAUGAGUUAUUUCUAGACAGAAUGGGAGAUAAUCUUCUAAUAAGUUUGAUCCAUCCUGAAAAUAGUUUACCAUUAGAAAAUAUUCUUUUAUUUCGAUCAUCAAAGAAGGCACAGCAAUGUAGUAAAAUGAAGGGUCAUGCAAUCAGUUCAGUGGCUUGGAAUCCUCUGAAUUUAAAUGAUAAUACAACUGGACUAAUACUUAUUGGAACUGCAAAAGGUUUGAUAUUUGAAACUGAACUAGCAUGUGGUGAUGAAAGAUCCUUUUUUCAAAGUAGUCCAGAGCAAUAUUUCAAACAGGUUUUUGAUGUUGGAGCAAGUAGUGUCAUCAGUACUGAUUCAAAAGUUAUAACUGGCUUGGUUUUUCAUAAAAUAACUUCAGAUAAUUAUUUUGUGUUUGCCACAACUCCAAGCCGCUUAUUUCAAUUCAUGGGCAAUGCUAAUACAGGAGACCCACCUGUUCUACAAAAUGUUUUCAAUUAUUACAAAGAUGUUCCUGAAAGUUAUAUUGAAAUUCCUGGUAAAUUGCAAUACAGCAAACUGCAGUUAUAUUACCCAAGUAAUAAAGGUUUGCCGUCUGCAUUUGCUUGGAUGACAGAGCCUGGUGUAAUGUAUGCAAACAUCAAUUAUGCUGCUGAAUCUCCUCAAAACUUAAUAGCUGUUGGUCAAAAAUUAUUAUCAUAUCCAAAUGAUAAAGAAACAAAACCUCCCUUAUCAAUUGUUCUUACUGAGUUUCAUGUUUUGGUUUUAUUUCAUGAUAGAUUAAAAGUUAUUUGUGUGCUCAAUGAGCAGUUAGUUUUUGAAGAUUUUUUUACAGAAACAUAUGGCUCAUUGAAAGGAUUGGUCAAGGAUCCUGAAAAAGGCACUAUUUGGGCAUAUUCAGACAUGGCAAUAUAUCGAUACAGAAUUGCUAGAGAGGACAGAUUUAUCUGGGAAGUUUAUUUAGAUAAAAAUGAAUAUGGUCUUGCCAGGAAGUAUUGCAAGGGCGAUCCAGUGAAGAUUGACAAAGUUUUGACAAAGCAAGCAGAUAAUUUAUUUAAACUAGGAAGCUAUGAAGAAAGUGCUGUGAUAUAUGCUCAAACCCAUACUUCCUUUGAAGAAAUUGCUCUUAAAUUUUUAGAAGCUCACCAAGAGGGAGCUCUGCGAGAAUUUUUAAUUAAAAAACUUAAAGGACUGAAAAACCAGGACAAAACACAAAUCACCAUGAUUGUUAUGUGGUUGAUGGAAAUAUAUUUAAAUGAAUUGGGUGUCUUGCGGACUUCUGGCAAGCAUACUUCUCAGAAAUUUAUGGAACUUCAACAAGAAUUUCGUAAUUUGCUCAAGGAUCCAAGAAUAAAGGAUUGUGCAUCUAACAAUAGGAGUGCUAUCUAUAACUUAAUGUCUAAUCAUGGUGAUGAAGAUAAUCUAAUAUUUUUCACAAAUUUGAUGAAAGAUUUUGAAAAAGUGAUACAAUAUCAUUUGCAGCAUAAAAACUAUAAAGCUGCAUUAAAUGUUCUGUCUGAGCAUAGUCGUGCUGAAUUGUUCUACCAAUUUUCACCAGCCUUAAUGCAAACCAAUCCUAAAGAAACUGUUGAUGCUUGGAUAUCUCAAGAUCGUAAACUCAAUCCUGUCCAAUUAAUUCCUGCCUUAGUGCACUAUGACAAUAAAUCAGAUCCAAGACAAGGUAGUGAAGCAAUAAGGUAUUUGGAAUAUUGUGUGGAUAAAAUGGGAGUUAAAGAUCAAGCUAUACAUAAUUAUUUAUUAACUCUUUAUGCUCGGCUUCAAGAAACAGAUAAAUUGAUGGCUUACUUAUAUAGUCAAGAUGAAACACUUGUUCCGUAUGAUCAAAAGUAUGCUCUACGUAUUUGUUCAGAACUUCCAGGGCUUGAAAAAGCAUGUGUACAUAUUUAUGCAACAAUGGGCUUAUAUGAAGAAGCUGUGGAUUUGGCUCUGAAGGUAGAUAUUGAUUUAGCCAAAGAAAAUGCUGAUCGACCAGAAGAUAACGAUGAUCUUCGUAAGAAACUUUGGUUAAAGAUAGCAAAACAUGUUGUUGAAAAGAAAAAUGAUAUAAAAAGAGCUAUGGAGUUUUUGCAGGAAUGUGAUUUAAUCAAAAUUGAAGAUAUUUUGCCAUUUUUCCCAGACUUUGUUACUAUUGAUCACUUUAAAGAUGCCAUUUGCACAUCUUUGCAAGAAUAUAAUCAACAUAUUGAAGGUCUUAAAGAAGAAAUGGAAGUUGCUACUCAAAGUACCGAGGAAAUUAGAGGCGAGAUUCAAACUUUUAGAAACAAGUAUUCUAUGGUAACUGCUCAAGAAAAAUGUGCUUCAUGUGGUUAUCCCAUCAUGGGACGUUCUUUCUAUUUAUUUCCUUGCAAACAUGUUUUCCAUUCCAUUUGUAUGGUAGCUGAAGUAUUGCCCCAUUUGACUCCUACUAAAAUGAACCGUGUAUCUGAAAUUCAAAGGCAGCUGGCUGCUCUUGUUGGACAAGAAGACUCUGCCUCAAUAUCUUCAGCAUCUUUAAUGUCUGCAGCCAUGAGCACAAAAGACAGGCUAAAUGCUGAAUUGGAUGAUCUGGUGGCUUCAGAAUGUUUAUAUUGUGGAGAUAUUAUGAUAAGGUCCAUUGACAUUCCUUUCCUAAACAUGUCAGACUAUCCUUCAAUUUUGAAAAGUUGGGAAUAAUUUUUGAUGAACUGCUUUACCUGAUCACACCACAUUCUGUAGAGAGAUUUAGUAUUGUAUUGAAAUGUAAAUAUAUAUAUUUGUAUUUAAUUAUGAUAGUUUUAUCAAUAAAUAUUUUCGAUUUUGUUAUGA